AUGAUCUCUACAGCACCUCUCUACAGUGGGGUGCACAACUGGACCAGCACAGAGCGGAUUCGCAUGUGUGGCCUCAACGAGGAGAGGAGAGCCCCCCUUUCUGAUGAAGAGUCUAAAACAAGCAGCUCCCAGCACUUGGGGUCUCAAGAGUUUUGCGUCAGCAGCAGUCUUUCCGAGGUGGAGCUCACAGCAGUCAGCAGUGGUGGCGGCAGUGCCCAGGGGCUGGAUGCUGAUGGCAAGGUGGAGGAGAAGCUUGGGCCCAAACUGGAAGAGCAGCCACCCAAUCCCAACCCAAACCCGGAGUGUACAGGAAAGACUGUGACAGAUGAUGGCCUGGGCCCUCUGGCAGGCCAGGGGGAUGGCAGAGGGCAGGAGCCCACAGUCCCCAGAGCUGCCAAGCAGGAGAGUGGCAGUGCUGAUGCUGCCUGGCCAGCCACGGAUGCUCCCAGCAACAAGCAGGGUGAUGUCCCCACAGCCUGCCCAGUGGCCCCAGAGGGCGAGCCUGCUGGGACAGAGAAAGCUGCCCCGAGCACCAUGGCACAAGGGCCAGGCGUGCUGGCCGAGGGGACUUUGUCUGUGGUUGUCUCCAGCUGCAGCACUUCUGCCUCCACCCCUGCCACCUUCACCCUGAACAGGGUGUGCUUCCCCUCCUCUCAGGCCCCUGCUAUGCAAAAACUACCCCUGUCCUUCCAGACCGGAGCAGUGCUGAGCCCCAGCCAGUCACUGGUGUACAUCCCACCGCCCAGCUGCGGGCAGCCGCUCAGCGUGGCCACGCUGCCAGCCGCCCUGGGGGUCUCCUCCACCCUCACCCUCCCUGUCCUGCCCUCCUACCUGCACGAGCGCUGCCUGCCGGGCAUCAUUGCCUCCCCAGAGCUGCGCUCCUACCCCUACACCUUCUCCGUCACCAGGCCCUUGGCUUCCGACGCCAAAGUGGUGCCUGUGGAGGUGAACCAGCUCAGCUGCCCUUCUCCCUCGGGGGCAAGUGGUGCCCAGGCUGCUGCCGAGGGCCCUGCUGCACCCUCCACCACUGGCCCUCCGCUCUCCUCCAGCCAGCCCCCACCAGUGGUGGCAUCGUGCGGGUCCGCUGCUCCCCCUGCGGGCACCGGGGCACAAGCCAGAGCUCCGGCAGCUCCUGAACCCCACGCCUCAGGGGCUGUCACUUCGCUCUCUCCUCUGAAGUCCCCUCCACAGCUGGAGCGUGAGAUGGUCUCCUCUCCAGAGUGCAGCGAGAUGCCCCUGGAUCUCUCCUCCAAGUCCAACCGUCAGAAGCUGCCUCCGCCCAGCCAGCGCAAGACACCCCCGAUGCCCAUCCUCACGCCCGUGCACACCAGUGGCAAAGCUCUUCUCACCACGGUCCUGUCCAAGUCCCAGCGUGCAGCCCAGACCACGGGCAGCAGCGUCACCUCCUGCCUUGGCACCACCUCUCCCUUGGUCAUCUUCCCUGAGUUCCUGCGCAACGGCGAGCAGGGCUCCUGGGUGAAGAACACCACCCUCAUCAGCACCAUUCCGGGCACCUACGUGGGCGUUGCCAACCCAGUGCCUGCCUCACUGCUGCUCAGCAAGGACCCCGGUGUCAGCUUCAGCAGGGACCCACGCCACCUUCCCAAGCAGGAGCCCAUCUCCAUCAUUGACCAGGGAGAGCCACGCAGCUCUGGGGUUCCCUGUGGGAAGAAAGCCAACCAGGCCAGCACAGAAGGGCAGCAGGAUCCUGCCAGGAGACUUCUUCAUGGCAGAGUUGCUCCUGGAGCUCCUUUGUGUCAAUCCAAGGACAUCUCCACCUGGAAUCCCGGCCAGGGGAGUGUGUACCCACGAUGCCCCGUGAACGGAAAGCCUUCCAGUCCUCAGAUGCUGCCUCUGGGCUGGUCUCCUUAUCACCAAACCCCACUGCUUUCCAUUGGUAUCUCCACAGCAGGGCAGCUGCCCUCAAGCCAGAACAGCUCCUGCAAGCCAGCAGGUGCUGGAGAGCUCCCAGUGUUCCCCAACAUCCAGCCCACAGAGUCCAGCACAGCUGCCCAGAGCCUGCCUGAGGGGCUGCCCAGGCUCCCGCCUCCGGAACGGGAGCGGGAAGCUGCAGCCAAGAGCAAGAGCUGCAGGGCCUUGCCCAAACUCUAUGAGGAGCUGGCCAAUGCCGUCCCCUUGGAUGGAGGCCCACCUCUUCAAACCAGCGCUUUGGAUGGGAAAGGGGGCAAGGGCAAGCUGGACACCCCCCAGAAGAGUCCAGAGCGUGAUCAACCCGGGGCUGACUCCAGCAAGGAGGGCAAGGGACAGACUGAGGCUCCCCAGGGGAGCUGCAACCUCAAGCAGCUGGAGGCCAAGCCCAAAAACCAAGUGUUGGCAGCCUAUUUGUCGCAUGAGCUGCCGGCGGGCGGGCAGCAGAGCCUGCAGGGGGGUUCGGAGGUGGCCACGGAGGGUCAGCACAAGGAGCCGGGCUGUGAAGGUCCCCAGGAGCCACCGGCAAUGGAGCCCCUGCCGUGCGUGCGGCAGGUGGAUCUCUGCAGGGUCAAGAAGGAGCGAGUGGAGUGUGAGGUGCCCUUCACCUCCAUGACCUGCCUGCGAGCUGGGGCUGCUCCCCAGGCUUUGGCCGAGGGCAAGCUGAAAGGAGCAGGGCAGGUGAAGCAAGAGGGCAGCGUGCGCUGCAAGGCCAAGCGGCAGCACGAUGGCGACGCCAGGCAAAGCCACAAGAGACUCAAGUGCCAAGCCCAGGACAGCAAGGAGUCCCCGAGCAAGUCAGGGAGCCGGGGUGUGCACAGCAGGAAGUGGCGGAAGCACCACGAGAAGCCCCAUGAGCUCUCCAGGCAGGACGGCCGGGCAGGGCUGGUGCUGGGCAAGGACCACAAUAGCCUCAGGGUGAAGCGCAAGCGCAGGAGGCUGACCAAGGCAGAGCUCCUAUCCUCAGCUCACCGUGGGGACAGCCACGAGGAAGGUUACCUGGAGAAGAAGCCCAAGAACAAUUUUCGGGAUUUCAUCCCAGUGGUGCUGAGCAGCCGCACGCGUAGUCAGUCAGGAAGCGUCGCUGGCUCUUCUGCUGGUAUGACAGGAGAGUGUGAUGUGACUGGUCAGGAGAUUUUGCCCUUGCUGGAGGAGGAUCAGGAAGAUGAGGAGGAGGAAGAGGAGGAGGAGGAGACAUCCCUGAAACGCCGCAAGCUGCGCAAGUCCCACAGGACGUCGCGGUGCCACAGCCGCAGGGCCAGGGACAGGUCCCUGUCCGAGAGGAGCAGCUGUUACACCAGGAGGACCCGGGAGCUGCCCUGGAGAGUGGAAUCACCCAGGCAGCUGUGGGAGCCCACCGAGGAGGAGGAGGAUGGCAGCCACACGAGGAGGAAGAAGAGGAGGCGACAGAAAAGCCGAAAGUACCAGACAGGGGAAUAUCUGACUGAGCGGGAGGAGGAGCGAGUGGGCUACCCCCACAGGAGGAGGAAAUCCAAAGCAGACUUUCGGUACCGGAAGCAGAAGGAUUCGGGGAAGGGCAAGGGCGCGGAGCUGCGGCUGCGGAGCAGGCUGUCCCCAUCCCCCAGGAAAUCCCAAGGGCGCCCAGACUUUCAGAAUGGCUUCUACCUGGAGCACUCUGACAGCUCUCCUGGCCAAGAAGAGCUGGAGAAACCAUCAGGAAAACGCAAAUGCAAAACCAAACACCUGGCAGGGAUCUGUGACGAGGGGAAGGGCAAAGGCUGCUGGAACCAGCCCAAAGUGCGCUCCCCAAAGAAGCCCCAGGACCUGUGGACACUGUGCAAGUCCCAUCGGGUCAGCCCAGGGAGUUGCCCCGAGGUGCCCCCAGCCCAGAACGUUCCUCCUGGAGCUCGGCGGCUGAUCGUCAACAAAAACGCUGGGGAGACCCUUCUGCAGCGAGCCGCUCGCCUGGGCUACAAGGAUGUGGUGCUGUACUGCCUGCAGAAGAAGAGCAGCGACGUGAACCACCGUGACAACGCGGGGUACACAGCCCUGCACGAGGCCUGCGCACGGGGCUGGAUCGACAUCCUCCACAUCCUGCUGCAGCACGGUGCCAACGUCAACUGCAGCGCGCAGGACGGCACCAGGCCUGUCCAUGAUGCAGUAGCAAAUGACAACCUGGAAACCAUGUGGCUUCUUCUCUCCUAUGGUGCUGACCCCACUCUGGCCACUUACUCGGGGCAGACUGCGGUGAAGCUCGCCACCAGCGACGUGAUGAAGCGCUUCCUCUGCGAUUACCUGUCAGAUCUCCAGGGCCGCUCUGAUGGAGACCCCAGGACCGCGUGGGACUUCUACAGCAGCUCCGUGCUAGAGGGGAAGGACAGCAUCGGAUGUGAUCUUCUGCUCAACCCCCCAGGAAGUUCAGACCAGGAGGAAGAGGAGCAAGAAGCAGACAACUUCAUGUUUGAGUUCUCAGACAAGCCACUGCUCCCCAGCUACAACCUCCAAGUGUCCGUCUCUCGGGGACCCUGCAACUGGUUCCUCUUCUCGGACGUGCUGAAGCGACUGAAGCUGUCCUCACGCAUCUUCCAGGCCCGCUUCCCGCACCUGGAGGUGACCACGCUGCCCAGGGCCGAGUUCCAGCGCCAGGUGGCCCUCAGCCAGCUGCUGGCACAGGAGGAGGUUCCGGAGAGCCCCGAGCCGCCGGCGCCGGGCACGGCAGAGACAGUGGAGCUGGUGCACUAUGAGCCUGAGCUGCUGCAGCUGCUGGGCUCGGCGCUGGAGUACGAGGCCUGGAGCAGCUGA